AUGAGCUUUUCAGGCAAUGCCCGUCGCAGUGCAAUACAGUCAAAGAAUGUUGAUAAUUCCCACAUAACUAAUGCUAAUGUCAUUGCCGAGGUUUACAACAAUGAUCUGCUUAUGCGACAUAUAGUUAGCUUUGUGACAGAUAUCAAUGAUAGAAUUCACAUAGAGAUGAGCUCGUCGAGGCUUCGAUAUAUAAGUAAGACAUCUAUAUGGAGAUUCAGAUCAGGAGGUGAAACCCUCACACUCAGCUUUAAGACUUUAAAUUCAUACAUAUCGGUGGAGAUUGGUGACGUUUGGUUUGUUUUGCCAUCUACAACUUUAGACAAUAGAAGAGAAAGCAGUAGUGGACGUUGUACGACGCAACCUUUGAAACUGAUGAAUACUCUAUAUGGUAUGGCAGAGCGAUUUGCCUUGGGAAUCAAAAACGUCACACUCGGUGGAGUAGAUCUUUUUAGUACAGGAGUUCAGAACCACCAGUUGAUUGUGACAGCUGAUCUUCUUCGCUUUGUCAACGACAGAUUGAAGAAUGUCAAAACGAUCUCAUUUCGGCAUUGUGGUUUUGACGAAGGUGCCGUGGAAUAUUUAUCUUCGGAAGAGUGCUCGCUCCCUCAUCGUAUUCGAGAAUUAUCACUGUGCAGCAUUUGGUUCGACAUGACGACAUUGAUCUCACCAUUUUCGAGAAUAGUAGCACCGUCCUUACGUGUACUGACGCUGGAGAACUUCAAGGUGAUGCAGUUAGGCUCCGCCUUGUUAGAUCGGAUACGACAUCAAGAGAUGGUUCUGGAUGACAUACACAUUCUACUGAAUCCAUCUUCUUUUCAGGAAAUGUCGGUACCUGCUAUCCGUAAUUUCGUGGAUAAUAUGUCUACAGUGACUAGAGAGCUUCGCAUUGGUGUGCACAGUCCUCGUCGAAGUGGAGAAGCUCUACUCUUCGCCAUGCGGAAUAUUAUACUCUUAGAAAACAUUACGGAACUACACCUCUUUGUGCAACCAGCAAGCCGUCAAGAAGCUGAAGAUGUCAGCCAUAUUUUCAGCCGUGAGUAG